AUGUCUCGUCCAACUCACCCAAAAGCUGUCGCGGUCGUUACUGGCUGCAGCAGCGGCAUUGGCCAGGCGCUUGCCGAGACUCUCGCCGCCCGUGGCAUCAUCGUCGUCGCCACAGCCCGUAAGGUCGAGUCGCUCGCCCAUCUGACCAAGAAGCACGACAACAUCGUACCUCUUGCCCUUGAGCUCGCUGACCUCGACAGCCUCGAGGCGUUCCGUGACACCGUAGCUGCCGCGACCGGCGGCCGUGUCGAUAUCCUGAUCAACAACGCUGGCUCUCACUAUGCCGCGACAGCAGCAGACCUGGAUAUAGCCGAGGUCCAGAGGCUGUUUACGGUUAACGUCUUCGCUGUAAUGCGCCUCUGCCAGCUCUUCCUUCCGUUCCUACGCUCGUCCCGCAUCGGAGGGCGGAUAGUGCAGAUUGGCAGCGUCACGCGCGAUGUGCCCGUCGUCUGGCAGUGCGCGUAUAAUGCCUCCAAGGCGGCGCUCAGCCAGUACACGCGCACGCUAAGGCUCGAGGUGCAGCCGUUCGGGGUCGACGUGGUCGAGGUCGUCACGGGCUACGUACAGAGCAACAUCCUCCACCAUGGCCUCGUCGCACCUCCAGACUCGCUGUACCUGCCCAUUAAGCAGGAAAUGGAGCGUAUCAAGUACAAAGGAAACAGGAACGGCAUGCCAGCGCGGCUAUACGCUGAAUCUGUGGUCGACAAGAUCCUGCGGACAGGGCAUCCGAGCAGCGAGAUCUGGGAGGGCAAGCUUGCCUGGGUUCUUGGGUUUGUAGUCAACUUCUGCCCCAGGUGGUUCUCUGAGUGGCUCUUCUACCGCAAUUUCAAGUUGUACAAGCUUGUUGCUUCGACGCAAUAGGGGGACCGGUAGGCGGGUACUAGCACAAGGCUCCCAAUACAGAAACAUCGUAACUCAUCAACUCAUCCAAAUAAUGGGUGACACACGGACGGGGGACAAUCUGCCGUCUUUGCCGCUAUUGACUUGCCGCUAUUACUAGCCAUGAUUCGUGUCUAAUUAGCCUCUUCUUCUACGAUGCUGUUUAAUAGCACUGCCUUAGUAGUAUUGCCCCUUUUACCCCCUGGCGUUUGGACGUAUCGAAGCACGUGGAUAACUGGCAGGCUGGUGGAUAACGAUGAUAAUAAUGUCCCAGAGAGGCAGCUAGGGGGUCGCCGGGCCCUAGUAUGUGAUGCUAACAUGGGGAGUCGACCUAUGACUGGGGUGCCGUUCUCUAAGCCUUGGAGUG